CUGACUGGGAAAAACACUGAUCGUGGUCAUACUUGGAUACAGUUCCCAUUGCAACAUCUCCAGACCUGUUGCUGCUUCUCUGAUGUGACCUCUCUCUAAACCUGGUCCACAAGAAACACUGGAGGCUCUCUUGGAUCUGCUUCUCAAAUAGCCCUUUGGAGAUGGCUGAUUUGAGGCAUAUGAUGGGAGUUGUGUCUAAAACUAUUUGUCCUCGGUCUCGGACUCCAUCAGACGAGGACCUAAAGAACCCCAAACAGGAGAAAAUGCAGCUGAAGAGGGAGAUCUCGCUCAUCAAUGGGAUCUGUCUUAUUGUUGGCAACAUGAUUGGCUCUGGGAUUUUUGUCUCUCCAAAGGGAGUCCUGCUAUAUAGCGGCUCCUAUGGGCUGUCUUUGCUCAUAUGGGCGUUGGGGGGGGUGUUUUCUGUGUUUGGGGCACUAUGUUACGCAGAGCUCGGCACUACUAUCACUAAAUCUGGAGCCUCGUAUGCCUAUAUUCUUGAAUCUUUUGGUGGGUUUCUGGCCUUCAUUCGCCUCUGGACGUCUAUUCUCCUGGUAGAGCCGGCCAGCCAAGCCAUCAUCUCCAUCACCUUUGCAAACUACCUGGUGGAGGCCUUCUACCCCACCUGCCAGCCCCCGUACGAUGGCGUGCGUCUAAUCGCUGCUGCCUGCCUCUGCAUGCUUAUUUUCAUUAACUGUGCCUAUGUCAAGUGGGGUACCCUUGUUCAGGAUGUCUUCACUUACACCAAACUGCUGGCCCUACUUCUCAUCAUUGUGGUUGGACUCUUGUCAAUAUUCACAGGUGAAACAAAGAGCUUCGACAGUCCUUUUGAAGACUCAAAUACAGACCCGGGAGCUUUAGCGCUGGCCUUAUACUCAGCUCUAUUCUCCUUCUCCGGAUGGGACACGCUCAACUUUGUCACUGAGGAGAUACAAAACCCAGAGAGAAAUCUUCCCCUGGCCAUUGCCAUUUCCAUGCCGAUAGUGACGGUUAUUUACCUGUUGACCAAUGUGGCGUACUACGUGGUGUUGGACAUGCCCUCUCUGCUCGCCAGUGACGCUGUGGCUGUGACAUUUGGGAAUGCUGUCCUGGGCCCCUUUAAGUGGAUCAUUCCAAUUUCUGUGGCCAUGUCCUGUUACGGAGGACUCAAUGCAUCUAUUAUUGCAGCAUCACGGUUGUUUUUCGUUGGAGCCAGAGAGGGCCACCUGCCAGACAGUCUGAGCCUGAUUCAUGCAGAGCGCUUUACUCCCAUUCCUGCACUGCUCUUCAAUGGCGUAAUGGGCUUGAUCUUUCUUUGUGUGGAGGACGUGUUCCAGCUGAUAAACUAUUUCAGCUUCAGUUACUGGCUCUACGUGGGCCUGUCAGUGGCAGGUCUCAUCUAUCUUCGCUACACACAGCCUGACAGACACCGGCCCGUCAAGCUGUCUCUCUUCUUCCCGUACGUCUACUGCCUCUGCAGCCUGUUCCUAGUCAUUGUCCCACUCUAUUGGGACACGGUCAAUUCCCUCAUUGGGAUUGGCAUUGCUCUGUCUGGAAUUCCUGUGUAUUAUGUGGCCAUUUACCUCCCUGAAGAAAGAAGGCCAAGGUUUAUUCGCAAACUAAAUGCCCGGGCCACUAAAUACACCCAGUUGCUGCUGUUCUGCUGCCUGACUGAGUUUGACUGUGAAGCAGAAGCUAAAACAAACUGAGAAGUGACGUUUUCGUUUUAAAAAGGAACAGAGUCUAUGAUGUUUUCCACCAGAGACCAAUGUCACAAUGACACCCUUAACAGCGCCUCUAAGGGAACUACCAGGUUUUAAAAAAAGGACCUGUCAUCUCAAGUAACUCUUCAGGAAAUGACUUGCACUUUUCUAGGAAUAUUUUUUUAAAUGACUUAACUGGGUGAUUAUUUUGACCACCUAAUGUAUGUCAGAAGGUAGAGUUUAAAAUUGCGAAGAGUGUGGUUGGUGUGUAGUUGUCACACUGAUGCAAUACUGUAAUUUUGUUACUUUUCAUAGAGUUAUACAACUGGGAAGUAACUUUUACUUGAGGGAUUUUCUUUUGUACUUUGUAUGAACCAAAACUUUUGAGUAAUUUUUAGGUAAACACUGAAAACAUACUGAAAAUUAUAGUAGCACCAGUAGUAGCAUGGCAGUAC